GCUUCCUUACUUUCAAAAAGAUAUAGAAUGGAAAUUGAUAGGAUUUUUACAAUGGAGCAUAGUACAAUAUACAGACGAUUUCGGUGACAAAGAAGAGGAGAACAGAGAUACAAGAUUUGCCUAG